AUGAACUAUAAAAACAAUGUGCAAAAGGCAUCAAAGGGCUUAAAAACAGUAAAAGAACUGGCAUCUAAUUUAAAAUACGUAAAACAACACAAGAAUAAGGGCUGCUGCUCCUUACGAUUCUACUGCUGCUGUUGCUGCACCUGCUACUUCUUCCUACUGCUGCUGCAGCAGUUGCUGCUUCUUAUGGUUCUACUGCUGCUGCUGCUUUUGCUGCAGCUGCUGCUACUUCCUACUACUUUCGAUUCUACUGCUGCUGCUGCUCCUUUCGAUUCUACUGCAGCUGCUGCUUCUGCUGUUGCUGCAGCUGCUGCUCCUUUCGAUUCUACUGCUGCUGUUGCUGCAACUUCUUUUGGUUCUACCGCUUCUGCUGUUACUGCAGCUACUGCUUCUUUCGAUUCUACUGAUGCUGCUGUUGCAGCUGUUGCUCUUUUCGAUUCUACUGCUGCUGCCUCUGCUGUUGCAGCAGCUGCUGCUUCUUCCUACUGCUACUGCUCUGCUGCUCCUUUCGAUUCUACUGAUGCUGCUGCUUCAGCUGUUGCUGCAGCUGCUGCUCCUUUGGAUUCUAUUGCUGCUCGUUUGGAUUCUACUGCUGUUGCUGCAGCUGCUGCUUCUUUUAAUUCUACUGCUGCUGCUGCUUCAGCUACUGCUCCUUUGGAUUCUACUGCUGCUGCUGCUGUCAGCUGUUACUGCAGCUGCUGCUCCUUUGGAUUCUACUGCUGCUCCUUUGGAUUCUACUGCUGUGCUGCUGUUUCUGCUGUUCCUGCAGCUGCUGCUUCUUUCGAUUCUACUGCUGCUGCUGUUGUUAUUGUCGUUCCUAUUCUUCCUGCUGCCGAUGCCGAUAUUCUUGUUGCCCCGACUGCUCCUGCUGCUGCCCCUACUGAUGCUGAUUCUGCUGUUGCGCCUGCUACUGCUGUUGGUGAUCCUGCUGUUACACCUACCGCCCCUGCUGCUCCUGUUGCUUCUGUUGCUCCUUCCGCUGCUGAUAAUGCUCCUGUUGAUCUUGCUGAUGCUCCUGAUGCUGAUGCGAUUGCCCCUGCUGCCUUUGCUGCCCCUGUCUCUCAUCUCUGCGCUCCUCUUACUCUCCACUUUCUCUCGGAGGCGGCGAUCUACAGUGCGUAG